UCUUGUUUUACUGCUAGGAAGUUCCUACCUCACGUAUUCAGGGGCAAUCAGAAGAGUGGACUGUAGAGUCAUUUGGGGCAAGAAGGCAUUGUAUGCUGGAAAAAGAAUAAGGGAGAUGUCACCAAAGAGAACUGUUUUCACUGGAGGAAGGCCUUAAGGGUUUGUGAAAUAAAAUGAAGGCAGUUUCCAAGUCAAAAGGCCACGGUGCUGAAUAUAAGGACUCCUUACCUAGAAAGAGGAAAGCUGUUGAUGCCAACACCGCAAAGAGGGUAAAGAAAAUCUGUUUUCAAAGGUAUGGAUAUGUUAAAAGAAUGGGGAGAGUAGGCUUCCGGCGGAAGAGUGCGGGAGCAAGAUGGCUACUACCAAGCGAGUGCUGUGGGCUGGCACAGGAGGUGGAUGACAAAGUUCUUCAUGCUGCUUUUAUCCCUUUUGGAGACAUCACAGAUAUCCAGAUUCCUCUGGAUUAUGAAACGGAAAAGCACCGAGGAUUUGCUUUUGUUGAAUUUGAGUUGGCAGAGGAUGCUGCAGCAGCUAUCGACAACAUGAAUGAAUCUGAGCUCUUUGGACGGACAAUUCGUGUCAAUUUGGCAAAACCCAUGAGGAUUAAGGAAGGCUCUUCCAGACCAGUUUGGUCCGAUGACGACUGGUUGAAGAAGUUUUCUGGGAAGACUCUUGAGGAAAAUAAAGAGGAAGAAGGGUCAGAGCCUCCCAAAGUGGAAACCCAGGAGGGAGAGCCCGCUGUAAAAAAGGCCCGGUCAAACCCUCAGGUGUACAUGGACAUCAAGAUUGGGAACAAGCCAGCAGGCCGCAUCCAGAUGCUCCUGCGUUCAGACAUCGUUCCUAUGACAGCAGAGAAUUUCCGCUGCCUGUGCACCCACGAGAAGGGCUUUGGCUUCAAGGGCAGCAGCUUCCACCGCAUCAUCCCCCAGUUCAUGUGCCAGGGCGGCGAUUUCACCAACCACAAUGGCACUGGGGGCAAGUCCAUCUACGGGAAGAAGUUUGACGAUGAAAACUUUAUUCUCAAACACACGGCACCAGGCCUGCUCUCCAUGGCCAACUCUGGCCCAAACACCAACGGCUCCCAGUUCUUCCUGACAUGUGACAAGACGGAUUGGCUGGAUGGCAAGCACGUGGUAUUUGGGGAGAUCAUGGAAGGCCUGGAUGUCUUGCGGCAGAUUGAGGCCCAGGGCAGCAAGGACGGGAAACCCAAGCAGAAGGUCAUCAUCUCCGACUGUGGGGAGUACGUGUGAGAGGGGAGCUGUCAGCCCGGGGAACCGGCAGCCAAGGUGUCCCGUUUGCAGCAAGCAGGGCUUUGUGUCCUGGCCCGCCCUUGGGGUCAGCGUGGGGCAGCUCCUCUGCAGGCACGGCCUGGGCCGCCUCUGGCUCUUCCCCAAGUGGGGCCGUGGGCCAGGGUGCUGCCCUCCCCACCGUGGACGGCUGUGCGUGCCCUUUCCAGGCCAGGGCCUCUCCUGGGCCCACUUGUGUGGAUCCUAGACGUUUUCUUCUGGUAAAAUAAAUUCUAGUUUUUGUA